GUGACAAUUUUUCGCGAAUGGCAAAUUUCUCAGUCGGUUGUAGCUCCCGUUUAGAUUCAGGAACGCUCUUUCAAGACUAUGAUUUACUCAAAGUCGCACAGCUUUCUAUCAGCAUUGAAGAAAUGGAUGCAGUAACCAUGAAUUACUGGCUUAGCAAGUUUGUGAUGAAGGUGGCCAAGAAUUUAGGGGAGAUAUAUCCACCGAAGACCGCUUAUGAAAUAAUAUUCAGGAUACACAAAGUCGAGUCUUUCCAUUAUCUUGUGUCUAAUUUAUAUCUUGACAAACGGCUUCAAGGGAAACACGAGUGCAGAUCUGACUAUGGCCACGAUGAAUGCUGCAUCUGUCAAGAGCAAUCCGACAAAUUGGGGAGAUAGAGAGAGCCUUUGUGGAAACAUAUGAUGGCGGACAU